GCUUUCCUUCUUUCUCUUUUUCUUUUUCUUUUUCUUUUUUUUUUUUCCUUCGGCGGUUUGCGUUUUUUUAGGAGACUCUGUGGUUUAAAAGCCAGAGAGAAUCUGGAAAGGAGCCACCACUCCUAGCCCUCUUUCCUCCCGAGUUUGCGACUCCCCGGGGCAAAAUGGACAAAGUCUGUGCUGUUUUCGGAGGCUCCAGGGGCAUUGGGAGGGCAGUGGCCGAGUUAAUGGCCCAAAAAGGCUACCGACUGGCCAUCAUCGCCAGAAAUCUGGAAGUGGCCAAAGCCGCCGCCGGUGAGCUCGGCGGAGAUCAUUUAGCAUUUAGCUGUGAUGUUGCCAAAGAACGUGAUGUUCAAAAUACAUUUGAAGAGAUGGAAAAAAAUUUAGGUCGAGUUAAUUUCUUGGUAAACGCAGCUGGAAUUAACAGGGAUAGCCUUUUAGUAAGAACAAAAACUGAAGAUAUGAUAUCUCAGCUUCAUACUAACCUCUUGGGUUCCAUGCUGACUUGUAAAGUUGCCUUGAAGACUAUGAUUCAACAGCAGAGAGGGUCUAUUGUUAAUGUAGGAAGUAUUACUGGUUUAAAAGGCAAUUCUGGCCAGUCUGUGUACAGUGCAGGUAAAGGAGGAGUAGUUGGAUUUUCACGCGCUCUUGCUAAAGAAGUAGCAAGAAAGAAAAUUAGAGUGAAUGUAGUUGCACCAGGAUUUGUUCACACAGAUAUGACGAAAGACUUGAAAGAAGAACAUCUAAAGAAAAAUAUCCCUCUUGGGAGGUUUGGAGAACCUAUUGAUGUGGCGCAUGCGGUUGUGUUUCUUUUAGAAUCACCAUAUAUUACAGGGCAUGUUCUGGUAGUGGAUGGGGGAUUACAACUCAUGAUAUAAUUUACAGAUUAUUCAGAUAUAAUAGUGAUUAUAAUCAAGGGCACACUUUGGCUAUUGAUUUGACAGUCAUACCUACAUGGGUGACAUUUGCUCAUCAGACCUACUGAUGCUACAAAUACUGAUUUUCAUCUUUAUGUGAAUAUACCUGAAAAGAGCAGUGUGUGACCAUUUGUGUUUUCUAAGUGGUAUGUACCUUAUAGGCUGUAGCAAUUUUAGUAUAUAGACAUUUGCAAGUGAUAUAAACCGACACUAUUUUAAUUUAUAUAUUUUGUCUCAAAAGUGGCAAAAUUAUAUAAUCUAAUUAGCAUGAGUUAUUUUAUUCUAUCAGUCAAAAUUCUCUAGAAGUUAAUGUUUGGGCCAUUGCUAAGGAGUAUUUUAGUUGUCAGUACUUGAGCAGUCCUGCUGGUUAAACAUUGUAUUCCUUUUCCAUAUGCCUUAGAAGAUCAAUUUUUAUAAAGGUUGAAAAAAAAUUAUCAUUUUAUUUGGCAUGAAUUUAGAGUCUGGUUUCUUUGCGUGCAUUAUUCCUGAUUAAGCCUCUGGGCAAAAUAAUUUACAAAUGCAAGGGUGGUAUAGUUGACCCAUUCUUCAGAAAUUCUCAAAGAUGAUGAAGAUUAACCCUUAAGGUUUUAGUAUCAGGUAUAAGAAUGAGCUGAGUUCUUAUCAACUUAGGAAAUAGAAGUAGUUUUUUUGUGUGUGUUUAACCCACAAAACACUCAGUUUAGCAAACUACUUAAAAAUAGUAUAACAAAUAAUGACAUUUUAAAAAUUAAGAUUAUUUUGUAUGAAUGAACAUAAUAUGAUUUUUACCCUAAAACUUCGGAAAUACUUAAUUAGUAAUGAACAGUCAUAAAUGAUAAAUAAAUAUGCAGUAACAAUGAGUAAGAUGUCUUCAUAAGGAACAGUUAAAGCAUUACUUUUAAGAGAAAAUAUCUGCCUGAGAAUAGAGAGGUAAAGACACAAACUGAAUGUAAAAUAUCAGGCAACAUUUAUUUUGCAUUGAACUCUUUUGUGGGGAAUAAUGUGAUAUUUUACAUAAUGUGGGGGAUAAUGUCACUGGAUUCAUGUUGAUUUUUAUUUAUCAUUUCAAAAUAUGUUUUAAAUGUUUACUGCAUCUUAAAAAGUAGUCUUUUUAUAAUUUUAUUGGAGCUGAACAUUAUUUUAUGUAAACAGAUUUAAUUUUAUAUUGCAAGUCAGUGCAAAGGUGUGAAGAGGAUACUAAAUAAAUGCAAUGUGAUAAAGGUAGUAAAAAUAAAAAAUAAAAGGUAAUAAAGUCAGAUCUAAAUUCUACAUCAAGCUUUCUGAUUCCUUAAAAGUUAUUUUAGGGCAGCUGGGUGGCUCAAUCGUUAAGUGUCUGCCAUCGGCUCAGGUCAUGAUCCCAGGAUCCUGGGAUCAAGCCCCACAUAGGGCUCCCUGCUCCGUGGGAAGCCUGCUUCUCCCUCUCCCACUCCCCCUGCUUGUGUUCCUGCUCUUGCUAUCUCUUUCUCUGUCAAAUAAAUAAAAUCUUUUAAAAAAUUAUUUUAAAUUUAUCUUCAAAAUAAUCUUAGAGAAGUCUAUUUAAGAAGUGAGAAAGUGAGUGCCUGGGUGGCUCAGUUGGUUAAGCGACUGCCUUUGGCUCAGGUCAUGAUCCUGGAGUCCCGGGAUCGAGUCCCGCAUCCGGCUCCCUGCUCAGGGGGGGGUCUGCUUCUCCCUCUGACCCUCCCCCCUCUUGUGCUCUCUCUCUCUCAAAUAAAUAAAUAAAAUCUUUAAAAAAAAAAAAAAGAAAGUUAUUAAGUGUGAGUAAAAUGAGUAUUAUUAAUCAAGCUGUUUACUAAAUGCAAGCAUGGUAAUAUAUAGGAUUUAUUAGGCAUUAGCAGUUCCAGGCACAUAAAAGAAAUGGAGCAGUCGGGGUGGUUUAAAAUGCUGUGGCGUGCUUUUGAGGUAGGAGAGUCUGUGGAGACAGAGUAGGCCGUUUUCUAAUGCUGCCUCACCUGCACGGCUUCAGCUACCUGCAUUUCUUCAUAACAUCCUCCUCAGGUUUGACUUUCCUUCUCCAGAUAGCUCAUCUUCUGAAAUCAUCAGUGAGGGUGAUUUGACUGGGGAUUAGGAAGAAAGCAGUAUAUUUCACUGAAUUAAUGACAUUAAGCUACAGAUAGAUUUAACCUUUACGUGUAUAUAUUUAUACUUUAAAUAAAACCUUUUUAGCUGAUACACCUCCCUCACCCAGGCCAUAUCAAAGUAGUAGAAUAGGGAAGAGAUUUUGAAAUAGGUAAAUAAGCCUUCACUAUUCCACUGCUGGCAAAUUCACUUACUCCCACUGACCUGGUAGAAUUUGCAAUUUAAUACUUGCAUCCUGUUGCUCAAAUCAGUUGGCAGCUGUUGUGUAUGUUCAGCCACUCAAGAACUUCAGUGAUUUCUUAACAACUUGACAAACAUACAGCUGACCUUUGGACAAUAUGGGUUUGAGCUGUGUGGGUCCACUUAUAUGCGGGUAUUUUACAGUACAGUAUUGAAAAUGUAUUUUAUGAUUUUCUUAAUAUUUUCUCUAGCUUGAUUGUGAGAAUACAAUAUAUACAGCUUACAAAAAAAUGUGUUCACUGACUGUUUAUGUUAUUGGUAAGGCUUCUAGUCCACAGUAGGCUAUUAAUGGUUAAGUUCUUGGGCAUCAGAGUUAAUAGGUGGAUUUUAGACUGUGCAGGUGAUCAGUGCCCCUAACCCCCUGCAUUGUUCAAGGGUAAACUGUAUUCAGAUUAUUUAAUAAUUAAGUUUCUUUUAUAUCUGUUUUAUCUUUGUACUACAUUGUAAGCUCCUGAGGGUAGAGACCAUACUGUGUUUUCAUUCAUUUAGCUUAUGAACUCAAAUAUUGGUUGAAUACCUGCUAAAUAUCUGGUACUUCUUUUGAUACCCCCACUUUGCCUACUCAGCUCUGAGUAUAUUGGAUAUACUCCAUAAAUACACUGAUAAGGGCGCCUGGGUGGCUCAGUUGGUUAAGCGACUGCCUUCGGCUCAGGUCAUGAUCCCAGGGUCCUGGGAUCGAGUCCCGCAUCGGGCUCCCUGCUCUGCGGGGAGCCUGCUUCUCCCUUUCCCACUCCCCCUGCUUGUGUUUCCUCUCUCGCUGUGUCUCUCUCUGUCAAAUAAAUAAAUAAAAUCUUUAAAAAAAAAAAAAUACACUGAUAAGCCACUAUGAUUUUCUGAUUCAAGAUCAUCAGCCCAUUACUCUGUGCUAUAGUUGGUGGUAGUCAUUGAGAUAUAUCUGUUCUGAUUCUCAGUAUGUAUCCUGGAAUAUUAUUUUUUGAUCAAAUCCCUAUGAUUUAAUCUUUUUGGUAAUUUAUCUUUUUUAGUCAUUUAUCUCUAAUUUUGAUGCUUACUUUCAAUUUAAAACUGAAUUUGCAAUCCUAAGCCAAUCAGCUGUUUUCUCUUAGGCAGGAUACCUUAGUUCGAGUAAUUACCAGAAAUUUAACUUAGAAUUCUUGGGCUAAUAAUCCAAAAUGGGGGUGGUAUCAGUAUUACCUGUAGAACUUUUGUUUCCCAAAAUAGUUUUUUUAGUUGAAGUAUGGUUGACACACAGUUUUGAAUUAGUUUCAGUAAUUCAACAUAGUAACAGUAAUUCAACAACUUUAUAUGUUAUGCUGUGCUCACCAAAACUGUUGCUACCAUUUGUCACCAUAUAACACUAUUAUAAUAAAUACCAUUGACUAUAUUCCCUAUACUGUACCUUUCAUUCCUGUAAUUUAUUCAUUUGGUAAUUGGAAGCCUGUAGCUCCCACUCCUUUCACCCAUUUUUGCCUACCUCCACCCAUCAGUUUGAUCUUUGUAUUUAGGGGUAUGUUUUUGCUUUUUGUGUGUGUGUUUUUUUGAUUCCACAUAUAAGUGAAGUCCUAUGUUAUUUGUCUUUCUCUGACUUAUUUCACUUAGCAUAAUACCCUCUAGGUCCAUCCAUGGUGUCCCUAAUGAUAAGAUCUCAUUCUCUUUAUGGCUGAGUAAUAUUCCAUUGUGUAUAUAUAUACCACAUCUUAUUUUUCCAUUCCUUUUUGAUGGGCACUUGGGUUGCUUUCAUAUUUUGGCUAUUGCAAAUAAUGCUGCAAUAAACAGGGGUGCAUAUAUCUUUUUCAAUUAAUGUUUUCAUUUUCUCCCAGUAGUAGAAUUACUAGAUAAUACGAUAUUUCAAUUUUUAGUUUUUUGAGGAACCUCCAUACUGUUUUUCACAUUGGCUGCACCAAUUUACAUGCCCACCAACAGUGUACAAGGGUUCCUUUUUCUCUACGUUCUUGUCAACCCUUGUUUUUUCUUGUCAUUUUGAUUUUAGCCAUCUGACGGGUGUAAGGUGCUAUUUCAUUGUGGCUUUGAUUUGCAUUUUCCUGAUAAUUAGUGAUGUUAAGCAUCUUUUCAUAUGUCUGUUGGCCACCUGUGUGUCUUUUUUGGGAAAAUGUUGAUUCAGGUCCUCUGCCCAUUUUUAAUGGGAUUAUUUGGGCGUUUUUUGGUGUUGAGUUAUGUAAGUUCUUUAUAUAUAUUGGAUAUUAAUCCCUUAUUGGAUAUAUUAUUUGCAAAUAUCUUCUCCCACUCAGUACAGUAGGUUGCCUUUGGUUUUGUUGAUUUUUUUUUUCCUGUCCAGAAGCUUUUUACUUUGAUGUAGUCCCACUAGUUCAUUUUUGCUUUUGUUUCCAUUGCCUUUGAGAUGUGUCUAGCAAGGAGUUGCUGCAGCCAGGGUCACAGAGGUUGCUGCCUGUGUUCUCCUCUAGGAUUUUGAUGGAUUCCUGUCUCACAUUGAAGUCCUUCAUCCAUUUUGAGUUUUUUUUUUAUAUGGUGUAAGGAAGUGGUCCAGCUUCAUUCUUCUGCAUGUGGCUAUCCAAUUUUCCCAACACCAAUUGUUGAAGAGACUGUCUUUUUUCCAUUGGAUACUCUUUCCUGCUUUGUCAAAGAUUAGUUGACGAUAGAGUUGAUCCAUUUCUGGGCUCUCUAUUCUUUUCCAUUGAUCUAUGUGUCUGUUUUUGUGCCAGUACCAUACUGUCUUGAUGAUGACAGCUUUGUAAUAGAGGUUGAAGUCUGGAAUUGUGAUGCUGCCAGCUUUGUUUUUCUCUUCAACAUUCCUUUGGCUACUCGAGGUCUUUUUUGGAUCCAUACAAAUUUUAGGAUUAUUUGUUCCAGCUCUGUUUUAAAAAACGCUGUUGGUAUUUUGAUAGGGAUUGCAUUGAAUGUAUAGUUUGCUCUAAGUAGCAUAGCCAUUUUACUAAUAUUUAUUCUUCAGUCCAUGAGCAUGGAAUGUUUUUCCAUUUCUUUGUGUCUUCCUCAAUUUCUUUCAUGGGUGUUCUUAGUUUACAGAGUACAGAUCCUUUAUCUCUUUGGUUAGGUUUAUUCCUAGGUAUCUUACGGUUUUUGGUGCAAUUGUAAAUGGAAUCGAUUCCUUGAUUUCUCUCUCUUCUGCUUCAUUGUUAGUGUAUAGAAAUGCAACUGAUUUCUGGGCAUUGAUUUUAUAUCCUGCUACUUCACUGGAUUUAUCAGUUCUUGCAGUUGUUUUUUUUUUUUUUUAGUAGAAUCUUUAGGGUUUUCUGUGUAUAGCUUCAUGUCUGCAAAGAGUGAAAAUUUUACUUCUUUUGUACCAAUUUGGAUGCCUUUUAUUUCUUUUUGUUGUCUGAUUGCUGUGGCUAGGACUUCCAGUACUAUGUUGAAUAAAAGUGGUGAGAGCAGACAUCUUUGUUGUGUUCCUGACCUUAGGGAAGCUCUCAGUUUUUUCCCCCAAUAGUUUAUUUUUACUUUUGUUUCCCUUGCCUCAGGGAACCUAUCAAGAAAAUAGUUGUUACGGCCAGUGUCAGAGAAAUUGCUGCUUGUACUCUCCUCUGUGAGUUUUAUGGUUUCAGGUCUUGCAUUUAGGUCUUUAAUCCAUUUUCAAUUUAUUUUUUGUGCGUGGCUGUCCGGUUUUCCCAACACCAUUUGUUGAAGAGACUGUCUUUUUCCCAUUGGAUGUUCUUUCCUGCUUUGUCAAAGAUUAAUUAAUCAUAUAAUUGUGUGUUUAUUUCUGGAUUUUCUAUUUUGUUCUGUUGAUCUAUGUGUCUGUUUUUGUGCUAGUACCAUACUGUUUUGAUUACUAUAGCUUUGUAAUAUAACCUGAAAUCCAGAAUUGUGAUGCUUCCAGCUUUGCUUUUCUUUUUCAAGAUUGCUUUGGCUAUUCAGGUUCUUUAGUGGUUCCAUACAAAUUUUAGGAUUGUU